AUGGUCAUCGACGAGGUUUCCCCCUACAACGGAAUCUUGGGCCGACCGUGGAUCAGCAAGAUCGAGGCCAUCACAUCUGCUCUACAUCAGAAGAUCCGUUAUCCCAUCCCUGGGGGCGGAAUCGGGCAGAUCAGCAGUGACCAAGCCAUGGCAAGGAGAUGCACCGCCCAAGGGCUCAAGAAGAGCAAGCAGCUGCAGUUCACACCAGUAAUGCAAGCUGCCAACGAGGCAGGAAGCGCUCUUAGCAACAAGCAAACCCGAAAGGGAAGGAAGUUGCUGCCUCACAAUAGCAGUUAA